AUGGAUUCACACAAGGGCUCCGAGUCGGAAGAGGAGAUUCCGUUUCUAUUCCCAGAGCAGCACGAUGUCACCAAGAAAUCAAAACUCACUCUGACAAGCAUCCAGGAGCUCGUGUACCUGGGUGCCUCUGCAUUCAUGCUCGUAACUUCCCUUGUGAUAGCCGUGGCAGCCUCACGUUACCCUACCGACGAUCAAUGUACCAGCCAGAUGUCGACAUGGUCACCCAUGCUGGAAGCAGUGGAGUAUGAGUGGCGACAUUUUAAAGAAGAGGCGCCGAAUUCUUACUACGGAAAGCCAACGGAUCAGUUGGAAAAGGCUUGGGGUGAUCUCUGGCAAUAUGGCUCAGCAGGGAUACCAGACUCAAAACUGCAUCUCCUAAAUAAAUCGCGCGAUAUAGACUGGAAGUACCUACCCGAUGAACUGGGAGGGGGAAUUGAGGCGUUUUUCGAGGCAUUUCACCAGAUUCAUUGUGUGGAUCUCUUGCGGCAGUACACCUAUCGCGAUGAGUACGAUUAUAGCGACAACCCGGCUUUCCUACGGCAGCCGGAUGUAUUCUAUAAUCACGUUGAUCAUUGCAUCGAGACUAUACGAAUCAAUAUAAUGUGCAAUGUAGAUGUGACACCCUAUCUUAUUGAAGAACGCGGCGAUGGGGAAGCCGUGGUACGUACAGAUGGGCUAUAUCACUGCCGGAAGUUUGAUAAGUUGGUCCAAUGGGCUGAUGAAAAGAUUGUUCACCCAUACAAUGUAACAGCAGAGCGCAUAAGAGCCAUAGAAGAGGUGAAUAUUCAAGGUGGACAUGGCGCGCAUGGUGAACAUGAGUAA